AUGUACUACAACGCAUUGAAUCAUAAGCUACAAUAUUCCUUUCGCAAAGUGCAUUCCCUGCAACAUAUCCUCAGCCCAACAAAGAACGAACCCUUGUACCUGAACCAUCCACAACAUCGCACAAACUGUCAACAAACCGAUAGUCAACUAUUGUCAAAGAUAACGACAAUGAAUUUAAUGGAAACUGACAGGAAUCCUAAACAUAACUGGGAUAUAACUGCAGUUAAGAUGAUCAAAUUGAGAUCAGAGAAAAAUCGAACUGGAAACGAACGACAUGGAAAGAUUGUCAAAUACAAAGAUUUCAGAUCGAAGACCAAAGGUUAUGGGAAAAAGACAGCAAUUAAUUCAUCUGAUGGCAAAAGCAGUUGGUAA